AUGGACACCCAGAAACCCCUUCGCGACGAAUCACAAAGCGGUCCAACCUCAGCAGUGGCCGAGAUCGACGACCAAGUAUGCAUCUUCGAGCCCACUGGCCCAAGCAUGGGACGCUUACGUCGGCGCAGCGUGAUGUUCUCGCUGUGCUUGGCUAUGUUUCUUUCGGCCCUUGACGUGACGAUCGUUGCUACAGCCCUUCCGACGAUAGCGCGGCAGGUCAACGCCAGUACCGCCGGUUAUGCCUGGAUCGGAAGCGCCUACACACUCUCGAACACUGCUUCUGUCCCCGUAUGGGCGCAACUCUCCAACAUCUUUGGCCGGAAGCCCAUCAUAAUGCUUGCCAACUUGGCUUUUCUAGGGGGCAGUCUGAUCUGCGGUCUCGCAAAGUCUGUUGGAAUGCUCAUUGGCGGCCGAGUUGUACAGGGCUUGGGCGGUGGUGGCUGCCUGAUCAUGGUGACGAUCAUAAUUGGGGAUAUGUUUGAGGUGAAGGAGAGAGCCAAAUAUUACGGCCUCACGGGGAUUGUAUGGGCUAUCUCAAGCGGCAUUGGGCCCAUUCUUGGUGGUGUCUUCACACAGACCAUUGGCUGGAGAUGGUGCUUCUUGAUCAAUCUUCCCUUUGACGGAUUGUCCCUCGGAGUGCUAUUCAUUGCACUGAAAUCUCAAGCCAAAACUGUACCCGUCAUGACUGGCCUGAAGCAGCUCGAUUGGAUUGGCUCCCUUCUGAUAAUUGGCGGUACAAUAUGCUUUCUGUAUGGACUUGAAGUUGGCGCAUCCGGCGAAGGUUUAUGGGGAAGCCCCAUGGUUAUAUGUCUCUUAGUCUUCGGUGUUGUUAUCCUUGGGCUCUUCUCCUUUUAUGAAGCACGCUUUGCGACCAACCCACUCAUCCCAAGCCGGGUACUUUCCUCCCGGAGCAACUGCGCAUCUAUUACCGUUCUUUGCUUGCACAGCUUCGUCUUCAUCUCUUACGAUUAUUUUCUUCCUCUUUACUUUCAGGUGGUACUGGGCUUUAGGGCUAUUAUCUCCGGUGUUUCCUUGCUUGCUUUAGUUGUCCCACUUUCGGCUUUCACCAUGGGCACUGGCUGGUACGUCAGGCGAAAAGGGGAUUACCAAUGGCCCAUUUGGAUCGGUAGCUGCUUUAUGACGAUGGGCACUGGCCUGUUUAUCAGCUUUGACUCUGUGGUCAGCUGGCCUAAGAUAAUUAUCUUUCAGGUCAUUGUCAGCAUAGGAGCUGGUCCACUUUUCCAAAGCCCGAUGAUCGCUUUGCAAAGCCAUGUGAGGCAAGUUGACAUCGCAGCAGCUAUGUCCGCAGCAUCUUUUAUGAGAAGCCUUUGCAGCAGCAUGUCUAUUGUCAUUGGCUCUGUUCUGCUUCAGAAGACUUUACACGGUGGCAAACUCACCCUGGAGAAUGAAACUGAUGUAAAUCAAGAUACAGAUCAGGUUUCGAGCGACGAAAACUCGGCUUGGGCACUUAGCAUCAUGUGGAUAUUCUAUACAGCGAUGUGUGGGGCCAUGAUUUUGGCAUCGCUUUUCAUAAAAAGGAUUGUAUCACAAAAGGAGACUAGGCACCCUGAGAACGAAGAUGUAAUAGAGAAGAUAUAG